GUGGAGCCACAUUCCACGCAGACUGGUUAUGCAACUCUUUUUAUGUUGCUGAAUUGUUGACAUCUACAUUAAGUAACUAUGAUAUCCCGUUAAACUUUGACAGGUCCGGCUUGUGCAUAUUAUUCCUGAAGUACAUAAAAUUUCCUGAUGGAUACGCGUUAGAAACUAAAAUAUAUCCCACUAUUAACUAUAUACAAAUAUUACAUAAAGUUCUCAUAUAUAUUGUAUAUGAUUUUAUAAAGCUAUUGUAUAAGGUACAGGAUUGUUCACACCGCGAAAUUUAUUGGAGAACAUAUAAUAUAUAGAGACAUAUUUCGUUGGAGUAUUGAAGAUAUAAAUACACUAUUUAAGCUUUUCCAUAUUUACAACUUCAAUAUUUGGUACAUAUAUAGACAUAUAUUGAAAUUCUAAAUUUUCAACGCGUUUCAAUCUAUGAACCUAGCUUAUUUUUCCAUAAAUACUUUACUUAACUAUUAAUUUAUGGUAAAUAUAUAAAUAAUCAUGUAGUAAUUUAUUGUAUAGUGUUUCCUAAUAAUACCAAAAGUCCCAUUCAAAUAAAUGCUUUUAUUUACUUAAUACUUAUAAAUACUGUCUAAUAUUGGCUCUAUUAUGGGUAAUUCAUUCUAAUUUUCCUUUAAUCGCUUAUGUGCAAACUGGAAUUUGUGUAAUUUUUGAAUAUGUAGAAAUAUUUUCAUAGUGUAUAUAUUUAGAAUGUUUAUAGUCGAUAGCGCAAGAGAUCAAAGUCGGAUCUGUGGCAUAUUUUUAAAAAGUUAAAUAAAGUGAUUACGUUUAAAAUAACAAAAGCGUUUAGUUGCGUCGAUAUCAAUAAUAAUUUGAACAUUUACGUUUUUUACCACACAAGACAGUGUUUAGAUAUUUUUAUUUCCUGGAUUGUUUCUUAUUUUUUAUAAACUGUUAGCUUGUACCGUGACAAUUAAAAUUCGCAUUAUACAGGAAAGAAGAACGUAACCUAAAUAUUAUCCAAUUUGAACUUGAAUCAGUACACUAUGACUAAACAAUAAAAUUGAAUUUUAAUAAGGAUUAAAACCAUCGUUCCCAAAAAUUUAGCAAUAAGUUAUGUCAGUUAAUGUGUAAAUUAUUAUUGAGUUAAAGAUGUUAUUGAACAUAUCAUAUUGUCAACCAAACAUUUCUAUAUGGGAUGUUUGGGUGAACAAUGGAAUAUCCCAAUGCUUUAUGAAUACCUGGUCUCCUUCAAUAUUGGCAGCAUAUAUACUGAUAGUUGGGUCAAUACAACUAUGUAUUUAUAGAAGAUUUGCUAACCAAGUCUCACCAGUUUAUUUACCAACAUCCAAAUUAUAUAAUCUUCAAAUUGCUGCAAUAUUGUUUAUACCAAUUUUAGAAGUUGUUAGAUUUGUUUUAAGGUUAACGGUUUAUGAUGAUAAACAACUUUAUGGAUAUAUGAUAGUUUCAUUGUUGUUAACAGUAUUUGCUUUUCCAUUUUCACUUUGGGUUGUAAAAGUUGAACGAUAUUAUUUAUUACAAUCAGUUCCAAAUAGAGGUCAUGGGAUUGGGUUAUUAAUUUUUUGGACAUUGGCAUUUUUGUCAGAAAACUUGGCCUUUCUAAAUUUGAGUCAGAAGAGUUGGUGGUUUCAACUUAAAGAUUUAACUGAUCGGCUAGAGAUGUCCCUUUUUGUAUUUCGUUAUGUUACUUAUCUACUUAUAUUCUUUUUGGGCAUGAAAGCUCCUGGAAUAAUACAGAAUGUUGAUUAUUUUAGUCUAAAUGAUGCCCAAACAACUUUUCCCAAUACGGAAUCGGACAAUAGAUCGACAUGGCACAACUUUUGGAAGAAAGUGAAAAUUUUGUCACCCUUCUUGUGGCCAAAAAAAGAUGUUACUUUACAAAUGAGGGUGUUGUUUUGUUUUUUGUUAUUGGCAGGAGGAAGGGCCAUCAAUUUAUAUGUUCCUAUUUAUCAAAAACUUAUCGUUGAUAGUUUAUCUGAAACACCGCAAAGUGGACCUUUAGCUUUUCGAUGGGACUGGGUUUUAGUAUAUGUAGGAUUGAAAUUUUUACAAGGAGGUGGUACUGGAAGUAUGGGUUUUCUAAAUAAUUUAAGAUCAUUCAUGUGGAUUAGAGUACAGCAAUACACCACAAGGGAAGUGGAAGUAGAAUUAUUCCGCCACUUACACAGCCUUUCGUUGAGAUGGCAUUUAGCCAGAAAAACAGGAGAAGUUCUUAGAGUUAUGGACAGAGGAACGGACAGUAUUAAUAAUUUAUUGAAUUUCAUUAUAUUCUCAAUUUUGCCAACCAUAGUCGAUAUUUUGAUAGCUGUGAUAUAUUUCAUUGCAGCUUUUAACAUUUGGUUUGGACUUAUCGUUUUCGUUACAAUGGUGUUAUACAUAACUUUAACAAUUAUAAUAACAGAAUGGAGAACAAAAUUCCAGAGACGGAUGAAUUUAGCUGAUAACGAAACUAGGGCUAGAAGUGUAGAUUCCUUACUCAAUUUUGAAACAGUGAAGUAUUAUGGAGCGGAACAAUAUGAAGUUGAUGCGUUCAAGGAAGCUGUUCUUAAAUACCAGGAAGAAGAAUUUAGAUCCAGUGUCACAUUAAAUAUUCUGAAUACAAUGCAGAACAUUUUAAUUUGCGGUGGAUUAUUAGCUGGAAGUUUACUAUGUGUGUAUCUUGUAGUAGUACCACAUACUCUACUUCCAGGAGACUAUGUUUUAUUUGCUACUUAUAUUGUACAGCUUUAUGUACCCCUUAAUUGGUUCGGUACAUAUUAUAGACAAAUCCAAAAGAAUUUCGUCGAUAUGGAAAAUAUGUUUGAUUUAUUAAGAGAAGAACAAGAAGUUAUUAAUGCACCUGGAGCACCCGAUAUGAAUCUCAAGCGAGGAGGUGUGGAAUUCAAUAAUGUUAAUUUUGGAUAUCUUCCAGAAAAGUUGGUGUUGAAGAAUGUUACAUUCUCGGUUCCUCCUGGUAAAACGGUCGCUUUUGUAGGACCUUCGGGUAGUGGUAAAAGUACAAUAAUUAGACUCCUAUUUCGAUUCUAUGACGUUGAGACUGGAUCCAUUGUGAUAGAUGGACAGAAUAUUAAGACUGUUUCUCAAGAAUCUCUAAGACGAGCUAUCGGUGUAGUACCGCAGGAUACGGUACUUUUCAACAAUACUAUUAAGUAUAAUAUUAAGUAUGGUCGAUUGACUGCAACUGAUGCAGAUGUAAUAGAAGCAGCUAGAGGCGCAGAUAUACACGAAAGAAUCUUAACGUUCCCAGAGGCAUAUGAAACACAAGUAGGAGAAAGAGGACUAAGGUUAAGUGGUGGAGAGAAGCAGAGAGUCGCAAUAGCUAGGACGUUGUUAAAAGCACCUGCUAUUAUUUUACUAGAUGAAGCUACAAGUGCAUUGGAUACUCAAACUGAAAGAAAUAUACAAACGAGCGGCGCACCCCCAAAUAGAUGCACAAAAAAAUGAGUUGACCGACCACUACAAAACGCAAUUGGGCUCGAUUAAUCAUGUGAUUAGGAACAAAAACCUUUUGUAUCAAUGGUCAAUAAUUUGUUAUCAACUAAAAACUAGUAAAAUUACGAAAAAUGAAAAAACCGUUUUCGACUUAUGCUCAAUUUAAAAUCAAAAAUCGACGGAAAAGCGUAUGUUUAAAAAAAAUUUCUCGGCUUCUACCACAGUUUUUUGAAAUUAACAAAAUGCGGAUUAUUUUUUUUUUUCGUUGUGCCACUUUUUUUUACAUUGACAAAUGUGUCUUAAAAAAUUUACGAAUUUCGAGGCGGUGACCAAGUACGAAACUAUUUAUUAAUUACUAAUGGUGUUUUUGGCCAUUUGUAUUUUUCAUUAUACCAUGUACUGUCGAAAAUAAGCCUUAUCGAAAUAGAAUUUCUCUCAAUUCUGCAACAAAAUGUAUGUGUACCAAAAAAAAAAAAAAAUAAAAAGUGGAUGUAUAAAGUAUAAUUUCAAAAAAUUAAACUGAUUUAUUUACAUAAAAUUUACAUUUGUAUAUAUACAUAUGUUAUCAUAGAAUCUACUGUACUUUAACAUUGCAACUAGUAUGUAUAAAUUUAAUCUCCAGUCUCACUGUCACAAGUUUUUCUUUUUGCGCCGAUAGAUUAUAAAUUUUUCUAAUAAAAUAAUGAGUGGGGAUAUUACUUAAAAUAACCAAAAUUAUUAUCUUUAGAUAAGUUGAACUAAAUCAUAGCCAAUAAGUAGUCAUAGUAGUAAUAAGUCAAUAGUCAGAUAAGUCAAUUUUUUCCCGCACUGUUCGAAUAAAAAUUUUCUAAAAUCAAUCAGAAUAAAUCUCUGUAAGUAAUUUGACGUUUAUGCUGGCGAAUUAUCAAUUUUAAUUUGCAUUACUUCUUUUUUGCUGCUAGGAAAAAAACUAUUGCAACAUAGACUUUUGUGAUAAACAGCUUCUACUUCUGCCAAAUCAAACUCACCAAGAAGUGCCAAAAUCAUAGCGCUAAGUCAUUUUUUACUGCAACUUGUAAAAAGGUAUUUUUCAAAUUUUCAAUAGGAGAUAGAGAAUAGAAUUUCCUUUCUUUUUCUUGCAGUCAAAUGAAAAACAUAACGAUUUAAAAUCGAAGUACUUUCUUCGGGUGUUAAUCUUCUGUCGAAAUUUCAAUAUUCUUUUUUCUACAGGGUAGGUUUUCCUCAUCGAUUAUGAGAUAAUAUUUACCUUGUACUAUCUACUAUCUAAGUAUUAUACAGGGUAAGUCGGGAGGAGCGUACCAAACUCUAGGAGUGUAUUAUACACGUGAAAAUAAUGUAAAAAAACUCAUAUGUUCUUAUCCGAUUUUUAUUUGUUUUCAAGUUAUAGCGUAUUAACAAAUAAACAAAUUAUCACAUAAAAAUUUUCUUAAUCAUAGCGUUCUUUCAAUAAAUGUUCAAAAAUGCCGCUAUUGACUCCUAAACAUUUUCUGCUUCGUCUACGAAGAGCGUUUGUUGCUCUCCCAAAUGAUUCUUUUCUUUCUUCUUUAAUAUGCGCUGCAGUCUAAUCAGUUCAUCCCGUGUGUCCACUUUUAUUUUGUAGACUUCAUUUCUCAUCCAGCACCAUAAACAAAAAUCUAGUGGUGUGAGGUCUGGAGAUCUUGCAGGCCAAUUAAUGGAACCUCCACGACCAAUCCAAUGCCCUGGAAAACGUUCGUCCAAAUGUUGCUUACCAUACCAUACCACAUCACACGUUUACAGAAAACCGAUGUUGAAAAUUGCUUUCGACUGUUACGUGGGGAUUUUCGUCCGAUCAUACAUGAUAGUUACGAGUAUUAUUCAUGCCAUCACGGAUAAAUGUAGCUUCAUUCGUAAAGAGUAUACUCUAUACAACACGAUGAUUAUUAUUUAUCCACCGACAAAACUCCAUACGGUUAGCGUAAUUCUCUGGUUGUAGGUGCUGUAGUGUGUUUAUCACCCUUUUUUGUGAAAUUGUUGUUGCAUCUUCUUCUACUAGAUGCAGAAUAUUUUUUAUUUCUACCAAACCUUGUCGAGUAGCGCGUUCAGAUGAUAUGUUAGCAUUGGGAAGCUUACCAGUCUCGCACAAUUUGUUAAAAACUUUAAUAAAUAUAUUUUUAUCGGGAUAUCUUUGGUGUGGAAAACGUUGACGAUAUUCUUCACCAGCAGCUGUAGCAUUUCCUUUACAGAAACCAUAAACAAACACUAUAUUUGCAUAUUGUAAAUUUGAAUAAGUAUCUGGCAUUUUGCAACACUAACAAUCACAUAAAUUCGGAAUUAAACGUUCAGUUACUGUACACUGACAGUUCAUCAAAACGUCAGAAUUGUCAAAUGCCUUUGAGCCUCGAACAUGACAUACUUUGAUAAUAUUAAAAUUCAGAUAUAAGUGGAAAGCUAGAUGAACAUUUUUAAUUACUCCAUAA